ACGUGUUUUUCCCUGCUAAGACUGCAUCCAUUGCUACGAAGUUUACAGUAGCCACAUUUCGGAGUUUGGGAGUUAUUACUCUGUAGCAGCGCCCAAGACAGUUUUGGUACAUUUCUGUUCGUCUUCUUGGUAACAUAAACCGGUGUGUAUAUAUAUAUAUAUAUAUAUAUAUAUAUGUUCUGAAGACGAGAAAACGCCAGUGUUGCCGCAUGGAUACACAGAGCUAAGCUUUCCAUCUGCUGUCGAUUUACAGGUAGAUGGGAGUUUUUGUGGCGCUGGUAGUUGUUGACUCGCUAACACGAGAGCGAGCGUUGCUCUCGUUUUACAUGUGGAGCAUGUGCGUUUCGUCAUUUUAGUUUGUUAUACAGUGUGGCGUUACACAGAUUCAGUAAGUUCUAAAUUGUCUUACUGAAAGAUGCUUCUGCAUGGUGGAAGUCUUAACCACCCAUAGUUUAGCUAGAUGUUAGUGUGGAAAGCAACUGCUCUACAGGUAAUAAACUAACGAUUUUGAUUCUUGUGGGGAAACGUAACCAAAACAAAUACCACAUUGAUUCCAAAACAACAUGCCUAUUAGGCGUUUUGGGGGUCACAGGUCUCUGGUCUCUCUUUCUCAAACUCCAAAGCUGUCAUAUGGUUACAAGAAAAUGAAUCGUUCAAGAAGUGGCUACCGUGUUUUUUCUGCUAACUCCACCACCGCCUGCACCGAGCUGGCCAAAAUGAUCACAGAACGCUUGGGUGUGGAGUUGGGCAAGUCACUGGUUCAUCAAGAGCCAAAUACAGAGACUAGAGUGGACGUGAAAGAGUCUGUCCGUGGACAAGACAUCUUUAUCAUUCAGACCAUUCCCAGAGAUGUCAAUACAGCCAUCAUGGAGCUGCUGGUUAUGGCCUAUGCCCUGAAGACGUCCUGUGCCAAGAACAUCAUUGGGGUCAUUCCCUACUUUCCUUACAGCAAGCAGUGCAAGAUGAGGAAGAGAGGAUCCAUUGUCUGCAAGCUGCUAGCAUCCAUGUUAGCUAAAGCUGGGCUAACUCACAUCAUCACCAUGGACCUCCACCAGAAAGAAAUCCAGGGCUUCUUCAGCUUCCCUGUUGACAACCUGAGAGCUUCCCCUUUUCUCAUCCAGUACAUCCAGGAUGAGAUCCCAGACUACAGGAAUGCCGUAAUUGUUGCAAAGUCCCCUUCAGCUGCCAAGAGAGCUCAGUCCUACGCUGAGAGGCUGCGACUCGGGCUGGCAGUGAUGCACGGGGAGGCCCAUCAUUCAGAGUUGGACAUGGCUGAUGGAAGACACUCUCCCCCCUUGUCCCGCACCACCAUAGGACACACCGGCCUGGAGCUGCCAUUGAUGAUGGCGAAGGAGAAGCCACCUAUCACCGUUGUUGGAGAUGUAGGAGGCAGAAUCGCCAUUAUUGUUGACGAUAUUAUAGAUGAUGUGGAGGACUUUGUUGCAGCAGCAGAAAUCCUGAAGGAGAGAGGAGCCUACAAGAUCUACAUCAUGGCUACACACGGCCUGCUGUCUGCAGAUGCACCAAGACUAAUAGAGGAGUCUGCUAUCGAUGAGGUGGUGGUGACCAACACUGUACCUCAUGAGGUCCAGAAGCUGCAGUGUCCAAAAAUCAAAACUGUGGAUGUCAGUAUGAUCCUGGCUGAGGCCAUCCGGCGCAUCCACAACGGAGAGUCCAUGGCCUAUCUGUUUCGUAACAUCGCUUUGGAUGACUGAGGCAACACACACUUGCAUUUACACACACCGACGACCAAGAAUCAAGAUUGCACGUUUCUGCUUUAACCUGUUGUUUCCGUUUGUUUUGCUGAUGAACAUGUUUUGUCUGUAUUCACUGUACGUGAGAUAUAAAGCAACUCAAACUCUGCUUUAUUCUUCUGAUAUGUUACACAGUGGGACUGUACAAACAAUACAACGAACGGUUUCACUUCACUAAUAUAUGCUUCCUACCAUCUGAAAACAUAUAUAGCACGACGUAAUGUAUCAUGUGCAUCCUCUCGGUAUGCCACAGAAUUUGGCAAAUAAAACAGUUCUUAGGGGAGUG